GCUCUGGGGGGCGCACGUGGCCCGCAGUGCGCGCCGCGCUCCUCAGCCCCUGGGCUGCGCGCAUUGGUGACCACGCGCAUUCGCGUUCGUCCCUGCAGGCCCCGGGAGCGUGCGGCUGAACCCCAUCUGCCAGGAAAGUGAUCGAUGCCACUGCAUCCGAAAAGGGUCUGGAAGAACAAGCAUUGUCCCUUUUUUUUUCAAACCGGAUGAAGAAGGCGUCCAAGCGAAUAACAUGCGAUCAGAUAGCAUCCCGCUUUUUAUGAAUUCAAGUCAGGAAAGUAAAAGUCAAGAGUUGCUACCUUUCUUCUGAGAUAGCCAGUGUUUUGUGACUUGGAUCAUCCGCUUUUUCUAGUAUUCAUGAUGUCGGAGGAGAAAUCUCCUAAGAAAAAGAGACCCCGUAGGAGCCUGUCAACCAUCAAAACUGCAAAAACCUCACCUCAUUCUAUCAUUUCAUAUUUUAACAGUGCGCCGCCAGCUAAACUUGCCUGCCCCAUUUGUAGUAAAAUGGUGCCAAGAUAUGACUUAAACCAGCACCUUGAUGAGAUGUGUGGUGACAGCGGAGGCAUUGUUCAAGAGCAUCCCGCACAGGUCGGCUUACCGAAUUCACAUGUGUCCUCAGCAAAUUUGACCUACGUUGCCUUAGGACAGGUAACGUCAGAGAAGUCGCCACCAAAGACAAAUUUAACCCCUGACCAAAGCGGUUCAGCAAAAACGAACAUAACACAGCAGACCAGUCCCUACUUUAAAAGUAAGGAUGCCUUGAUGUGCAAAAGCCAAGAUGAACUAAGAAACAAUAAUGUGAAAAUCAUUUCUUUGGGAAGCCUGUCAUCCAAAUUGUCCAGAAAAUACAUAAAGGCUAAAAAGUCACUAGAUGAGAAUGAGGAACUUGCCAGUCAUUGUCUGCAGAGUUCCAUAGCCACAGCUUUUGGGAGCUGUUCAGAAAUUGAGGACAAAGGUGAAAUUUUGGAGAACAGUUCUCAAAAGGAAAACAUUUUUACAUGUGAUUCUCUAGAGGGAGAGAAUAGUCUGGAACACAGAGUAAAAGUCGGUAAGAUAAUGGAAGAUGGAAGUCAAAAGGGUACCGAGGAAUGUGUGAAGUCAGCUAUCACUUCUGGGUUCUCAGAUAAUGCUCCCAUGUUAUUUUCACCGGAUUUAUCUCUUAGGAAUAAUUUAAAGUCUUUAGAAGACAGUCUUGUAAAGCAAGAAAGUGUCAAAGAAACAGACGAAGUGGCUGAAAAGCAUGAGGUAGGCAGUUGUGAAGAAGAAAUGACUGUUGGUUCAGAGGUUGAAACACAGUUGUCAAAAUCAGAGGUGAAAUCUCACAGUUCUACAAAUGAUGCUUCUAAAUGUAGUAAUGUCCAUGAAUUUCCUUUGGAAGGUGACAGCGGCUUAAUGAACAAAGUCACUUGCGACACUCCUCCAGAGCAGGGGUCAAGUUGCGAUGCUCCUGGUAAGACAACUCAGACACCACCCAGUCAUCCUUACUACCUUCGGAGCUUCCUCAUGGUGCUGAAAGCUGUAGUGGAGAGCGAAGAUGAUAUGGUGCUCUUUGAUGAACAGGAGAAGGGAAUUAUAACUAGCUUUUAUCAAUUAUCAGCUAGUGGUCAGAAGUUGUAUGUAAGGCUCUUUCAACGUAAAUUAACCUGGAUUAAGAUGAGUAAAUUAGAAUAUGAAGAGAUUGCCCCAGAUUUAACACCUGUAGUUGAAGAAUUAAAGCAUGCAGGCUUUCUACAAACAGAAUCUGAGUUGGAAGACCUCUCUGAAGUACUUGAACUCCUUUCUGCUCCUGAACUGAAGGCCCUAGCCAAGACCUUCCACUUGGCGAAUCCCAGUGGACAGAAACAGCAGCUGGUGGACGCUUUUCUCAAACUGGCCAGACAACGUUCAGUCUGCACUUGGGGCAAGAAUCAGCCUGGAAUUGGAGCAGUGAUUUUAAAAAGAGCAAGAGACUUGGCUGGACGGUCACUACGAGUCUGUAAAGGCCCCAGGGCCGUGUUCUCCCGGCUUUUGCUACUGUCCUCAUUGACUGAUUCUGUGGAGGAUGAAGAGGCUGCUUGUGGAGGUCAAAGUCAGCUUUCUACUGUGCUGUUGGUAAAUCUUGGCCGAGUGGCGUUCCCUGCUUACACCAUCAAUCGGAAAACCCAAAUCUUCCAGGACAGAGAAGAUCUGAUUAGAUAUGCAGCAGCUGUGCACACGCUGAGUGACAUUUCUACUGCGAUGGCCAACGGGAACUGGGAGGAAGCUAAGGAACUCUCUCAAUGUGCAAGAAGGGACUGGAACAAACUGAAAAGCCACCCUUCCUGAGGUGUAUGUUUUCAUUUUAGACACCAUGAGGGUCUCCCACUCUUUUUGCGGCGUUUUACCGUCGGGUGGAUUUACACCAGGAUUUUGUCUCGGUCUGUUGAGAUACUGGAGAGACUUCACAAGUAUGAGGAGGCCGUCAAAGAACUUGGAAACCUUUUGUCUCAGAAAAUUUAUUGUUCUGACAGCAGAGGUAGAUGGUGGGAUCGGCUGGCUCUUAACUUAGGCCAGCACCUGAAGCGCCUGGAACCGGCUAUUAGGUGCAUUAAUGAAGGGCUGGCGGAUCCGGAAGUGAGGACAGGACAUCGUCUUUCACUUUAUCAGAGAGCUGUGCGCCUGAGAGAGUCUCCAAGCUGUAAAAAGUACAAGCACCUCUUCCAUCAGCUGCCAGAAAUUGCUGUGGAAGAUGUUAAACACGUGACCAUCACGGGCAGGCUGUGCCCACAGCAUGGGAUGGGCAAGUCUGUGUUUGUUGUAGACACUGGAGACACUGCUACCUCCACCACGGUUCUGUGCUCUGUGGAGGAGCUGGCGCUGGACUACUACAGACGGAGUGGCUUUGACCAGGGGAUUCAUGGGGAAGGAUCCACCUUCAGCACCCUGUGUGGCCUCCUCCUGUGGGAUAUAAUCUUCAUGGAUGGGAUACCAGACGUCUUCAGAAAUGCCUACCAGGCAUCCCCCCUGGACUUAUGCACGGACAGCUUCUUCACAAGCCGGGGGCCGGCCCUGGAGGCCAGGCUGCAGCUAAUCCACAGUGCCCCAGGGGAGAGCCUGCGCGCCUGGGUGGCAGCUACGUGGGAGGCCCAGGAAGGCAGAGCGGCUUCCCUUGUCAGCUGGGAUUGCUUCACUUCUCUUCAGCAAGCUCAGGAUCUUGUCUCCUGCCUUGGUGGCCCCAUUCUCAGUGGUGUGUGCAGGCGCCUGGCCACUGACUUUCGGCACUGCCGAGGGGGCCUCCCUGACCUGGUAGUGUGGAACUCUCAGAGUCAUCGAGUUAAGCUGGUGGAAGUUAAAGGUCCCAGUGAUCGUCUUUCACACAAACAAAUGAUCUGGUUGGAUGAACUGCAGAAGCUGGGGGCUGAAGUAGAAGUGUGCCAUGUGGUUGCAGUUGGAGCGAAGAGCAAAAGCCUCAGCUGAAAAUGAUGGAGUUGGUGAUAUUUGGUCAUACAUCGAUGCAAGAUUUCCAGAAGGAUAAAGCAGUACUGAACUGAAUUUCACUGAUUUCAUCAGUUGUAAAUAUGGUAAUUUAAUGACUCCUUAUUGUACAGUGUCUGUGUAUCACAAAACCUGGUAUCUGCUUCAAUACACUAAUUUAGUCCACACAGUGGGUAAUGAAUUUUUCAAAAGGUCAAAAUCUUGGUGGUCAUUUUAGGAGCUGGACAAGUCUACGUUACUAGAUUAGACUUUAAAAAACUGCUGGAGGGGGAACCCAAACAGGUGGUUCACAGCUUUCGGCCUUCAUGAAAGUAGCAUGUUUCUUCCUAUUAAGCAUUUUGGAAAUGGAGAUUGUCUUUUUUCCCCUUUAUUUGUUCAUUUGCUCCUUCCUUCCUUCCUUCAUUCAUUUUGGUAGUAGUGGGCUUUGAAUGCAGGGCCUCACACUUGCUUGGCAGGAACUCUUGGCCCAGCCUGAAGAUUCUUGAAUUUGAGUUUUUGUCUAUACUGGUUUACACACCUCACUGUUAAGUAUUAUGAUUUUAAUCAUCCAAGAAGGGCAGAAAUAGUAGAAAUUCCCAUUUCUUUAGGAAUUCAAAGUAAUUCUCUAUUUUAAGGCAGGGGAGGACUCAGAACACUUGUGUCUCAUUUAGCAGAAGCAUCGUGCCUGUUACCACGCUCUUGGAUGGUGAGUGCUAACAACUUCUGUUCACGUUAGAAACAAUGGUUUUCUCCUGUUCUGAUUAUUCUUAUUUUGUCUACUGAUCUAGAACCUCAUUCAGCACUCAUGAUGGUUAAAUAGUUCAAACACAUUGUCAAAUUUGAUGAAAAUGUCCCAUUUUUGAAAGUGAUGCUUGCAACCUGCUGUGACUGACUUCUGAGCAAGUCCACUGCCGGUCCUCGUGCCUCCCCUGGAGACCAGGCACUGAUGAAGAACCAAGAUGUGCUGCUCUUCUGCUGGGUUACUUGAAGGCUACUUGGCAAGCUGCUCCAUUCCCUAGUGAGUUGAACUGCCGCUGUGCGCCAGGCAGUCCUUGAAAAACCAGACACAAGUACCGCAGGAUUCCGGCUCUUCUGGCUCUGCAGGUUAGUGUGAGAGUGGAGAAGCGUUGGGAGAAGAGGAAAGUGUGGAAACAGCCAAGUACAACAUGUGCGUCAAUUACUAGAGAAUAGAGGGAAAAACCUUUCAUCUGAAAGUGACGACUUCCUGCCUAUUAAAAUCACAUGAUGGAUGCUGUGUCCACUGGGAUCUUACUGCAGUUAGCUCCUUUGGCGGAAUCAAAUUAUUAUAUACACACGCUAGACAUGAAACCUAAAUCUGUGUGUGAUUUCUUUCAGAUGAUAGGACUUUACAUCCUCACUAGCAGCAUCUGUCAGCAGGUAUAAUGCGCAGUUGUCAUUCAGCUGCAGCAUUUUGAUCUUAGUAGUCCUUACCUCCUAGUUUUUCUGAUUCCUUAUAUAAAAAACAAAAAACCAUGCAUGGCUACCUCUUAUUUCAGUUUUUCUUUUUAAGUGGCAGAGAUAUCCUUUCUGCCAUCCACAAAAGCUGAUCUGUGAGGCUUACUGAAAUCGAUGUGGCCUGACAAGUGUGUCCAUCAGAAAGCUAAGGAGGGGUAACAAGAAGCCACCUCUUUGAGUACGGUGGAAUGUAAACAGAAGCGUCAGGUGAUAAUGACAAAACCAGAUUCUUCAGUGUCCAAUCCCCACUGCCCCUAACAUCCGGGAAAUCCACAAACACUGAGCUAGUGACCCACUUUCCCUGGUAUACGUUUGUCCCGUCUCAUCCAACAGUAUGAAAAUAUAGCACCAGGACAGAUGUCUCUUGAUGGCCCCAAACAGCAUGGGAGGCCCCUGGAUCUUGUAAGCUCCAAAGAAGGCUGUGGUAGCAUCCAGAGGGCCUGGCAGAAGCUUCUGGGUCAGCAGGCAAUGGCUGAGCCCACAAACAUGAGGUGUGGCUGUCAGCGUGCUCUUCCUAAAGGCCCUGGGGAGCCGGCCCCAUGGCAGUGAAUGCCAGUGGGCCAGUACAGACUAACCACCUACCACAGGAUCCGGGAAGGGUAGAGAACAAGGCCCUGCACUCACAGAUUACAAGGCCUCCCCAUGGCUCCAAAUCCCUGGUAAUGUGACACCAUCUUAAUUAUAGGGACUAUGACAAUGAGAACUGAAGAGUCUGAGUAAUCCAAAAGAAAUGAUCUAGACAAAAAGAAUCAGAAAUGUACUUGAUCAGUUUAACUGCAGCCCCCAGCCCCCGGUCCUAAUACUGUAACACCUAGCACUCAAAGGCUGGUCCCUCUGGGACAGGUGACCUUCACUUGGCUCACAGUUUGGAUAGAUUGUGAUAGACGAGCACUUCAACAUCAACUUCAAUAUCAGUGUCUUCAUGUCAAUAAAGACGUUAAAAUCAGCUGCUUGCUGCUGUGUCCUUGUCCUACAAAGUGGGUAGUGACAAAAGCAUGCCACAAUUACCUCUCCCUAGCUGUUUCUCCAUGCUGAAUGGCUCCUAGACGCAUACUCCCGAGUUACUAUGAGUUGGGUAAUAUGAGAAAAGUAAGCUCUAUUCACAA